GCCUAGGCGAAUAGGAGGUAAAAUGUUUUCCCUCCACAACACCACAGCCUUUCCGUUAAUAUUGUUUGCAGUGUUUUCCCUUACAAGCUCCAUUAAUUCCCAGCCAACCUAUAAUGACAACAUAUGUUUAGAUCAAUCAAAUCAAACCACCAACGCUAAUUAUCAAUCCAACCUCACAGUCCUGUUGAAUUCUUUAUCAUCUAAAGCUUCCCAAAACUACAGCUUCUACAACGAUAGCUCUAAUAUUGGCAUCUAUGGACUCUUUCUCUGCCGAGGCGAUGUUUCUAAUAGUACCUGCCAAAGUUGUGUCAGCUAUGCGACCCAAGACAUCACAACUCGGUGUCCAUCUAAUAAUAGCGCAAUCAUAUGGUACGAUGAAUGCAUGUUACGCUAUUCCAAUGUUAAUUUCUUUGGACAGGUACAAACUUCUCCAGAGGUACUCAUGUGGAAUGUCAGGAACACAACCUCACCUGAUCAGCCCAACUUUAGCGCAGUUGCUCUAAUGAACAUUCUAACAGGGACAGCAGUAAAUGACGAUAUGUUGUUUCAUGAUGGGAAUUUGACAGCAAGUAAUGGAUCCAAUCAAACUUAUGGGUUAGUGCAGUGUACUAGAGAUAUCAGUAGUAGUGGUUGCAGCAGUUGCUUAAGCCUGUUGAUCAAGGAUGCUGAGAGUUGUUGCCAAUCGAAAAUAGGGUUGCGUAUCAUAGCCCCAAGUUGCAGUAUAAGGUAUGAGACCUACUCUUUCUUUCAACAACCACCAGUGCCGCCGCCUUCAGCACCAGCACCACCGCCCCCACCUCAAUCAUCAGGUAAGACAUAUGGAGGAAAGAAGACAAAAAAGACAGUAAUCAUUACUAUAUCAUCACUUGCAUCAAUUGCACUAGUUGCAGCUGUCUUGGGUUUCUGGUAUUAUUCAUCAUCAGACAGGAGGAAAAGAAAUUUAGAUGGAGAUAAAAGCCAAGAAAUUCCAUUACAAAAUAAUUUAGCAGGUUCACUUUCAAUGCCGUUAGACUAUAGUAUCUAUGGAAGGGAUGAUGACAACAGAGGAGAAAUGAAUUACUUCAAUUUAAGUACAAUAUUGACUGCUACAAACAAUUUCUCUGAUGCCAAUAAGCUUGGAGAAGGUGGUUUUGGCCCAGUGUACAGGGGCAAGUUGAUUAAUGGGAAGGAAAUAGCAGUUAAAAGGCUUUCAAUGAAAUCAAAACAAGGUCUUGAAGAGUUCAAGAAUGAAGUGAUUUUAAUUGCAAAACUUCAGCAUAGGAAUCUAGUAAGGCUCUUGGGAUGCUGCUUGGAAGGAGAAGAAAAACUUCUAGUCUAUGAGUACAUGGCCAACACUAGUCUUGAUGUCUUCUUGUUUGAUCCAAAGAAAUGUAAAGAACUAGACUGGGCUAAACGGACAAGCAUUGUCAAUGGGAUUGCAAAAGGACUUCUCUAUCUACAUGAGGACUCUCGGCUCAAAAUCAUCCAUAGGGAUUUGAAAGCAAGCAAUGUAUUGCUAGAUGAUGAAAUGAACCCAAAGAUAUCAAAUUUUGGCACUGCUAGGAUUUUUGGGGGCAAUCAAAUAGAAGCCAACACAAUCAGAGUUGUGGGUACAUAUGGAUACAUGGCGCCAGAAUAUGCAAUGGAGGGAUUAUUUUCAAUAAAGUCUGACAUAUAUAGCUUCGGGAUUCUACUGCUAGAAAUUGCUAGUGGAAAAAAGAACAGCGGCUUCUAUCAUCCAGAGCGUGAAGAAAGCCUUCUGUCAUAUGCAUGGCGAUUAUGGAAUGAUGGCAAAGGACUGGAAUUUAUAGAUCAGACCAUAGUUGAUACUUGUCCUAUAAGUGAGGUACUGAGAUUGAUCCAUAUUGCAUUGUUAUGUGUUCAAGAAGAUCCUAAUGAUAGACCUACCAUGUCAAUGGUCGUACUCAUGCUUGCAAGCAAAUUGAUAAACCUUCCUCAACCAUCAGCACCUCCAUUUACAGUAAGUAGAUUUAUCAUGUUUGAUCAAUCUUCAACAGUUGGCACCGGCUAAGGAUUUGUCACAUCUGAUCUGUCUUCAACAAGUGCUUCUUGCUAGUGAAGAG